AUCACCAAACAACAGAAAACAAAGCAAAACAUCUUUCUAGAAUUCUAGCUACUUCCGAGAGAAAGGAAGAAAAGAUGGUUCUCCAAAAGCACAACAACGUCCAUGUCCUACUCCUACCAUACCCAGCACAAGGCCACAUCAACCCACUGGUCCAGUUCGCAAAAAGAUUAGCCUCAAAGGGCGUUAAAGCCACCAUAGCCACCACUCACUACACGGUCAACACCAUCAACGCCCCAAACGUCGGCGUAGAAGCAAUAUCCGACGGCUUCGACAACGGCGGCUUCGCGCAAGCCAAGAACGUGCAGCUCUUCCUAACCUCCUUCAGGACCGUUGGCGCCAAAACUCUCUCGCAACUAAUCGAACGGUUUCAACAAACUACCACGCCAGUCACGUGCAUUGUAUAUGACUCAUUUUUCCCGUGGGCGCUUGAUGUUGCCAAACGACACGGCGUUUAUGGUGCCGCUUUCUUUACCAAUUCUGCUGCCGUUUGUAACAUAUUCUGUCGUAUACACCAUGGCCUUCUUGAGCUUCCUGUGGAGAAGGAGGAUUUGCCGUUGUUUGUUCCCGGGAUUCCGCCGUUGGAUUUGCCGGAUUUGCCUAGCUUCAUUAGGUUUCCGGAGAGUUACCCUGAUUACUUGGCCAUGAAAUUGAGCCAGUUCUCUAACUUGAACAAGGCUGAUUUUAUGUUUGUCAACACUUUUGAAGCUUUAGAAAGUGAGGCGGUGAAUGGCAUAAGAGAGUUAUGUCCAGCAAAGUUGAUAGGGCCAAUGGUCCCUUCUGCAUACUUAGAUGGAAGAAUCAAAGGUGACAGAGGCUAUGGAGCAAGCUUAUGGAAGCCAUUAAGUGAAGAAUGCUCUGAUUGGCUUGAAACAAAGGCAUCAAAAUCAGUAGUAUACAUCUCAUUUGGAAGCAUGGUGUCACUCUCAAAUGAACAAAUUGAGGAAGUGGCAUUGGGGUUGGAGCAAAGUGGCAUGAAUUUCAUUUGGGUCCUAAGACAAUCUGAACACGCAAAAUUACCAAAAGGGUACGAAGAAAUGGUCAAAGAGAAGGGCAUAAUUGUCACAUGGUGUAACCAACUUGAACUGCUGGAACACCAAGCCAUAGGGUGCUUUGUGACACAUUGUGGUUGGAACUCAACUCUGGAGACGUUGAGCCUCGGCGUGCCGGUGGUGUGCUUGCCGCAAUGGGCCGACCAAUUACCGGAUGCCAAGUAUUUGGAGCAAGUUUGGGAGGUUGGUGUGAGGCCCAAAGAGGAUGAGAGUGGUGUUGUUAGGAAGGAAGAGUUUGUUAGAAGUUUGAAGAUGGUUAUGGAGGGUAAGAGGAGUGAAGAAAUUAGAAGCAAUGCUAGCAAGUGGAUGAAGUUGGCUAGGGAGGCAGUUGGUGAAGGUGGGAGCUCUGAUAAGAACAUCAAUGAAUUUGUGGAACAUUUGAGGGGUGCACAUGUGACUGCAAAUUUGAAUGACUACUAGCUAAAUUAGCCAUAGUUUCUCUCAGAAUAAUUGUUUGUUAGUUGGUUUUACUAGUGCCGUGAUCUCACUUUAAUGUUAAGAAUGUGAAAUAUAGUGAGUAAAAUGAUAUCUUAAUUCCUAAAUUGGUUUUGUUUCAAGGGAACAAUUAUGAUCACUUUUUUUAUUUGUUGUUUUUCCCUCUUACUUUUGCUUUUUAAUGAAAAAUUUGUUAACGUGUAAUGUAUGACAAUUUUUGUCAUUUUCAA